AUGCUCUGCCUUUCACUCACCCUCCCCAUGCUCUGCCUUUCACUCACCCACCCCAUGCUUCGCCUGCCCGUCCGCAGGAUAGACGAUCCGCUGCUGUGGGGCGGGCAGAGGGGCCUGCGCAUAAGAGACCCCAAGCUGUGCCGCUGGACGCUCACUGCCUCGGAGAUCUGCUUCACCGGCCUCCUCGACUCCUACAUCUUCCGCAUCGGCAAGAGCAUUCCGAUAACGCGCAACCAAGGAGUGUUCCAGCCAGGCAUGGACGAGGCGCUGCUGCGGUUACAGCAGGGCGACUGGCUCAACAUCUUCCCAGAGGCGAGAAUCAUACAGCAGCACGGCCCCCUCCCGCGCCUCAAGUGGGGCCUCGCCAGUCUGCUGGACCGCCUCUGCCCCUCGCUGCCCCCGCCCAUCCUGCUCUGUGUGGGGCACAGCGGCCUUGAGCGGGCCGGAUGGGGGCGUGCCUGCUGGUCUGCACGCCACUUGACCCUUCAGUCUGCUGGACCGCCUGUGCCCCUCGCUGCCCCUGUCCAUCCUCCUCUGCGUGGGACGCAGCGGCAUCAAGUGGGUGGGUGUGCAAUGGGGAAAGGCGAAAAAGGGGGGUUUGUCCAUACCCCACGUGACUCGAAUCUACUGGACCGCCUGUGCCCCUCGCUGCCCCUGUCCAUCCUCCUCAGCGUGGGACACAGCGGCAUCAAGUGGAUUCUCCCUCAGAGCUACCGCAACACCAAGCGGCCGUUGAUUCCGCUGUGGAACCAGCGAGUGAGCGUGGUGGUGGGCGAGCCCUUCUCCUUUGACCUCCCCUCUUUCGUCCAUCCCACAUGGCCCUUACCCCUCAUCAAUGCUGCAGAUCCUCCCGCAGAACUACCGCAACAACAAGCGGCCGUUGAUUCCGCUGUGGAACCAGCGUGUGAGCGUGGUGGUGGGCGAGCCCUUCUCCUUUGA